CAACAAAAGCCGUUUGUCAUGGAUAGAUAUAAUAUUAUAAAGUGUAGUUUUUGUAUUAAAGUUUUUGUUUGUUCAUUAUCUGAAUAGAAUAAAAGUGAACGGCGCCGUAUUCAUACUUUUUAAGCAGGCACAAUCAUCCAACAUCGAACCAAGCCUAGCUUUUUUUCCCUUCUCUUUUUAAUCUCUGAUUACAUUAUGAUGUUGGUGUAUAGAUCUAGAUCUAGGUAGGCCGCAUUCUUUCGUACACGGCAAACACUUCACUGAAAAAGUUAAAAUAUUGAGACUGGGAGUCUAGUAUUUUAAACAGUAACAUAAAGUCUAUACGGGCCAUUGACAUCAGACUAUUAAUAAGCCUCAGAGUCACAGAGAAGUCACAUUUUGAAAGAUUAAAUUCAUAAACCUCAAUAUCUUUGACUCCCAGGCUAUGUCCAGUAGUGACACACCUGACAAGAUGCCAGAGACACAAGAAAGACACCACACCGAAAACAACCACGUUUCAUCCUUCGACCACCAGGUGGCAGGCCAGUCCCUGAUUCUGCGCUAUGACCCAACCACCAUCUGCAAAUGUCUGGUCCACAGAGAGUACGUGUUUUAUCAGCAUAUGCCCGAUGCCCUCCGUCCCCAUGUGGCCACGUUCAAAGGUACAACACCAGUCAAAAUAUCUAUUGGAGAAGCAAGUCAAGAGAAUGGCAGCUUGCAGCACAACACCAGAGGAUUCAAGGUUGAUCCCAGUCGGUACAGAGCUCUCCAAAAAACUGAUAGGAUCUACAACAAUGAAGAUGAAGAAAUUUAUCAAUUCAUGAAACUUGAAGACUUAAUGUAUCCCUAUAGACAACCGUGCAUACUUGACCUGAAAGUUGGAGUCAGGCAACACGGAGAUGAUGCCCCACAGGAAAAAGUGGAUUAUCAAACUCAAAAAUGUUUAAAUACAACCUCUCACUCUCUAGGACUUAGACUGUGUGGAAUGAAACGUUACCUGAUUCGAGAACAAACGUAUGAAAAGAAAGACAAGUUUUAUGGUAGACAGAUCGGAGACGAUGAACUGAAGAAUGAGAUCAUCAACUUUCUUCACAAUGGAGAAGAAUACCGCUUUGAUUUGGUUGAUCCAAUCAUCUCUCAGCUUCAGAAGCUGGAAGCUGUGAUUCGGACAUUAGAAGGUUAUCGUUUUUACUCUUGCUCUCUGGUUAUCAUUUACGAUGGUGAAAUUGAAAAUAAUGCGGUGGGAGACUCUGUGGAUCCAAAUAGCAUGAACAACAAUGUCCCAGAGGUGCCACCACAACAGACGAGUAAUGCAAACUCUGUGAAUGAUUUAGUGAAGGCACGCAUUGUUGACUUUGCUCAUGCAACGUAUGAUGGGUUUGAAAAGGACUCAGUGAGACACAUUGGACCAGACCAUGGUUUUCUACUAGGGCUCAGCACUCUACUAGAAGUAUUCAAUGAGUUUAAAAAACAAAGUUUGUAAUGUUGAGUGAUGAUAUCUCCUAUUUCCUCAGAACAUUGUGUUGAUCUCAUUAUACAAAUUUCUCCAAGUCCUCUGUAAGAUAACAGAAGCAGACAUUGCACAAAGUAGCUUCAGCAUUUUAGAUGUUUUGUAUAAAAUAUAUGUGGCCUAAAAGGUUCUUUGUCUUACAGACAAUGGCAAACUCUUAACUAAAUUUUGCAUAUGAGAGGACAUUUUAUGAUGUAAAACACAUUUUCCAGUGUCUUCAAGCUCUGUGCAAGGCAAAGAAAUUCAAAUUGUUUCAACUUUUUAACCUGUAGGUCUAGGUCAUAAUGCACAAUAUUAUCAGGAAAGCAUUGGGUAAGUUGUUUGUGGUACAGUUCAGUGGUUUCAUCCAUUCUUUGUUUUUUUUUUUCUGAGCAUAAUAUACCAAGUCUAUAAAAGCUCUGUAUUGCCUUUUAGCCUGCAUUGAUCAUUUCCAGUUGACAUGGUUCUUUUAAAAUAUUAUCUCCCUGCUCUUGAUAAUGGUUCACAUAACCACUAUAUAAAUGUUUCCUUAAGAUUUUUCAUAUUCAAACCACUUUUCUGAGAUUUGUAAGUAGUAAAGUUCUGUUAGCCAACAUCAGGACCCCAAGAACAUUUCUUGUAUCUCAUUUAAAGUAAUGCAAGCCAGUGGAUCUCAUCCAUAUCUUAGAGGUCAGAAACAAAUUUCUUUGAAUAGUUUGCUCUCAUUGACAUGUUUUGUUUUUUUCUCUCUGGUUUUUAACUAUUCUGAAUAGGUCUUCUGUCAGAUAGUGUUUAACAAUGGACUUUUCUUGAGCAUAAAGGAAAUAUUGAAUUGACAUAAAAAGCUUGUUAAAGUCUUAUUUCAAAAAUCUAAUUUUAAAAAAAAAUCUAAUUAAAAAAAAUAAUUUUAUCUUUCAUCUUUUAUAGUCAAAAAUAUUUCUAUAAAGCUAAGAAUCCACUUCAGUCUGUAUUAUUGAAAUGACUAGAAUAUAAAACAGUGAUUAUCAGGUUUUGGAAAGGGUUUCAUGUCAGAUUUUUGUUAAGAAACUUUAUGUUAUGUUUUCAUCAUAAAAAUGUACUGCGUUCCUUUUUUUUUUUUUUUGUUUUGGAUAAAAUAUCCUAUCAACAUAAAUACAUUUCUCUUGGUUUUGUUGACUUACAAAUAUUUGAUAUAAUGGCAGUUGGACUUGUUAAUAAGUCAUUGAACAGCUCGCUCCUGUUCCAGCUUAGCUUUGGAUGUUUUAGAGAUGAUGCUGGGGGAAGAGGUUUUAUAGAACUUCUGGUAUCAGUGAGACUAUAAAUCUGUUAACCCAUAAUGGUAACAGUGCUUCCAGUUAUUUCCAAUUGGGUAAAUUUUUGUAUUGUUUUUUUUUUGUUUGUUCAAGAUUUGAAUUCUAUUAUUGACUGAUCUCUUGACAGCAUUUCUUUAUGUAAGGUUGUGUUUUGAGAUAUAUAUAUAAUGAAUGAAUUUAAAUAUUGUACAGUUAGAUGUUUGAUGACAAUAUCUUGUUUGAAAUUGUAUUAAUUUAUUUUCGGCUCAUUAGUUUUGGUCAGUAAAUCUUAAAACCAUGGAAAAAAUUUCUUUGCAUUGAAAUCUUAAAAAAAAACAACACCACAAUUUUAUCAAAUUGUGUAAAAGUUGCAGUAUAAGUUAACAUUAAAAACUUUUGAAGUGUAAAUCUUGAUCCACUAGGACUUAUGUUUUUUGUUGGUUUACUGCUUGCACAACAUAAGGAGUGCAGCAACUUGUUCAAAGUGCCUCCAUCUUUGCCAACAGUGUAUAUCAUAAUGAAGAUAUUUUUGUAUCACUUUUCCACCCAUUUUUUUAAAAGAUAUUUUGUUUUCUUGACUGUUUCUUCUCUGCCAUAUAUUUAUUUGUGUUCAUGUUUUGUUUUGUUGGUUCAAACUCUUGAUGCUCAAUGUUCUAGUUCUAGAUGUUACUUGUUAACUCAAAAGUAUUUAUGGCAAACUUACUUGCUGUAAAAGUAUAUUUGAUAUUUGGAUAUGCUUGUCUAUCAGCACUUCGGCUAACAAAGAUGCAGUUUUAUUUUUUUUUCCAGAUAAGCCUUUCUCUUUGUAAGAUUAGAUGCAGUAAUGGCCUUGUAGUAAAAUACGUCACUUAGGAAAUGUAUGCCCUUCUGUUCUAUUCUUAGAUCUUGUCCUUUUCUUGAUUUGCAUCCUCGUGAUCCAACUAUUCAUCAAAGUGUGCCUUUAACUUGAUGCUAGAUUUAUUUUCACAUAAACAUUACCCCUUAAGUGUAUCUUAUUUCUGCCACCAUUGCUUAUUUUUGAAAUAGUAGAUAUUGUUCCUGGCAUCUAUCAUAUAUGCUUAUGAAGGCUACUGAAAUAGUGUAGAGCUCUGAAAAACAAAGUGUUGAAACUGAGAAAACAAUAAAUACAAAUAGUGAAACAUUUUUUUAGGAAACAACCUUAAUCCUUAAAAUCAUUAUUCUUCACUAUUCAUGCUAUCCAACCAACUAGCAAUAAAAGAAUUUGUUUGUCUGCUUAUAAUAAUAAUAGGGUGCUUGGUGGCUGAGUGGUAAAGUGCUUGGCUUCAGAACUGAGAAGUCCCGGGUUCAAAUCUCUGAUUUUUAGGACACUUCGGAGUCCACCAAACUUUAAUGGGUACCUGACUUUAGUUGGGAAAAGUAAAGGCAGUUGGUCGUUGUGCUGGCUGCAUGACACCCUGCUCCUUGACUGUUGGCCAUAGAAACAGGUGACCUUUACAUCAUCUGCCCUAUAGAUUGCAAGGUCUGAAAGGGGUACUUUAUAAUAUUAUGGAGGUGUAGUGGUUGAGUGGUAAAGCACUUGACUUCUGAACCUAGGGAUCUUGAGUUUGAAUCUCGGGACUUGAUUCUAGAGUUUCAAUACACUCCUGAGUCCACCCAACUUGAAUGGGUACCUGACAUACGUGUAGGAGAAGUAAAGACUGUUGGUAAUUUUGCUGGCCAUACGUCACCCUCGAUAACCAUCAGCCAUAGAAGCUGAUGAGCUCUAUAUCAUCUGCCCCUAUGGAUGGCAAGGUCUGAAAGGGUUGCUUUACCUCCCUUUUCAGCACUAGUAAUAUGUAGUAAUAAUAAAUUAACAACAAUUUUAGCUCAAACUAUUAACAAACAAAUUACAAACUUAAGUCACUUUUAAAAGACAACACCACUGCUACAUUAACAAUAUGCAUACAAUAGUUUUCUUUUUACUAAGCAUCAGUAUUGUGAAUUGAGCAUAGUCUAUUUGAUUAUUUUGACUUCUUCUACUGCUAGACUGUUAAGUCACUUGAUGCUCAGUCAACAAAUAAUGAGCUUAAAAUAAACUUCUUGUUAGCCCAGGUGCUACUGUAAAUAUAUUUUCUGUGCAUUAAUUCGUCAUAUUUUUUAUGAACUGAUAGAUGUUUUAAAAAUUCUAUUUUUAAGAAUGAUAAGCUCUCUCUCUCUCUCCUUUUUUUUUGUAUGUGGAUGUUCCAAUGAUUUGUCCUUGUUAAAUGAGAAGUAUUUGUGUGUUAGGCUUACUGCUCAACUAUCAGGGUGAAAUCAUAGUAUUGAAAACAUUUCAGUGCACUCUCCUCCCAUUCCCAUCCUCCCUUAUGACCAACAGAACUUUUGUUUUUAAUGUAAAUAUUUUGUAAACAGUUUGUAUAGAUAUAUAGAACUGUAAGUGAUUGAGCUUAUAUAUACUGUAUACAUCUUUCUAUGUAAGUGAUUCAGUUUACAUAUGUUGUAUAGAUUUAGAUAUUUACACUGACACCAGUUCAUAUUUGUUUUGCUUUCAUGUAUUUACUGUAAUUUAUUUUGAAGAUUGUUUAUCCUAUAUUUAUUGACUGAGGUGAACAAAAAAACAUUUUUGUAAAAAUAUUUUCUUCUUAUGACCAUGACUUUUGUUUGACACCUGACCUAUAUAAGACAUGUAUUAAUAAAAUGAUUUGGAAUGUUGCUUGUUGCAUGUCCUCCCAUCCUGGUAGUGUAGUGGGAGAAAGGAAGCUGGUAAAUCAUAACUUGAGCCAUCCAUUUACUCUGUGCAAUGAGAAAUCAAGUUUGUAUACAAGUCAUUCAAUUCAUUGUGAAUGGACCAAGGACAGAAAUACCUGUCAACAUAUUCUGGAACAUUUCUUGAACAUGUUUUCUUAUAUUGAUAGCUUUUUUUUACAGAUGCCCCCCUCCCCCUUUCCCGUUUUGGCUAAAUUUCAGCAGUAGACUUUGAUUAAAAGAUUAAUUUACAAAUUUGUAAUUAAUUUUCAGAGUUUGUCUUUUCUAGACUUAAAAAAAUAUAAAAGAAUGAUUUUCGUUCAGAUUGCAUAGUGAAAAAAAAUAAAGCCUGCCAUGUCUCAAUGAAUGUUAAAUGGGAAAACCAUAAAUAGUUAUUGUAUUUUUCCUAUAUUUUUAUUUAUAUAAUAUGUAAUUUAUACUAGAUAUAUUUCAGCAAUUAUGAGUUGACAAUUCCUAAAUUUCUGUUUUAGAAUUUUAAAAUAAUAGUUUGUAUUUAUUUGUAUAUCUUCAUUUUCAUGUCUGAUGACCGUGAUGAUUCAAAUAGAAAUGAAGGCUAAAAAUGUAUCAGUAAAAUAUUGCUUCAUGUAUAAAUAUUAGGCUUUUUAAAAAAAAUAUUUGAUUAUAUUUGUUGCCAUUUUCAGCUAACAGUUUGUGGAGCUCAGAUUUUGUUCAAUUCAAUUUGAUUACUGUACUACUCUUUUACUGUGGAGGUUUCAUAGAUUUAUUGAAUCUGUUUUGUGUGACAUGCUCAUUUUGUAAAGCCAAUACAUAGAAAAGAUAUUUAAUGUAUAUAAAUGUAUAGCAUUCCUUUUCAAUUGGAUCAAUGAAAGUAAUAAAAUUAAAGCCAUCAUUUUGAUAGACUACAUUAGGCAAAGUAUUUUGCUAAGAGUAUUUUCAUCAAUCUUGGGAAGGUGACUGUAGUGGAAAUAGAAAUAGUCUAGAAUAGAUGAAAUAAAUAAAAGCAAUUUUGUUUGCAUCCUAAUCUUAAUAAUCAUUCCUUAUAUGAGAAAGAAAUACAUUUGGAAUCAGAUUGGGACUCAUAUAUUGAAUGACAUAUCAUGUGCACAGUGUUAUAUGACAGUGAAAAAAAUAUCAAAUAAUUUGCACCACUCACAAGAGUACUUGAAAUAUCAGAGAUAUAUAAUUGGACCACUAAGUGUGAGUACUUUCAAAGAAAUAUUAGCUCAUUUUGGAAGUGCUCAGGAAGGACUUAUGUUACAUUAAGAACACCUUGACCUUUUUAUACCAGGUGAUGACAUGUGUCCCUCCACAGCCAAUACCUUGUGCUCAUGUUUUUAGUGUUCACUUUGUUUUAUUUUUCUGAUUGCACACUCAGGUGUUGCAUUAAUUCCAGUUUUUUUAUUUUGAAUCUUUUUUUUUUUUCUUUGGACCAA